CCCUGCAGACAUCCAGCACCUACUGGUGAUUAAAGAAGAGGACCCCCUUCUGGAGAGCUGCAGUCUGGACCAGGAGGACCCAGAGCCCCCACAUAUUAAAGAGGAAGAGGAGGAACUCUGGACCAGUCAGGGGGCAGAGCAGCUGCAAGGACUGGAGGAGGCUGAUGACACCAAGUUCCCACCCAUUAAUGUCCAUUUGAAGACUGAAGUGGAUGAGGAGGACACCAGUCUGGACCGGGAGGACCGAGAUCUCCACCACAUGAAAGAGGAAGAAGAGGAUCUCUGGACCAGUCAGGAGGCAGAGCAGCUGCAAGGACUGGAGGAGGCCGAUGACACCAAGUUCCUGUCCACUGCUGUUCAUGUGAAAACAGAAGAGGAUGAGGAGAGACCUCAGUCCUCACAGUCUCUUCAGUGUCAGACUAAGGAGGAGCCUGGAGCCAAGAGCUCAGCUGGACAGACUUAUUUCAACGGCUUUGAGUGUGGGAAAGGGUAUAACUGCAAGGAACACAUGAGCAUCCACACAGGAGAGAAACUUUUUGCUUGUGGUAAUUGUGAGAAAAGAUAUACUGCACAGGGGAAGCUUAAGUUGCAUAUGAGAGUCCACACAGGAGAGAAACUUUUUGGUUGUGAUCACUGUGGGAAAAAAUGUACCACCCAAGCAGAUCUUAAAAAGCAUAUAAGAGUGCACACAGGAGAAAAACCUUUUGGUUGUGAUGCUUGUGGGAAAAGAUUUGCCCAGCGGGGGCAUCUUAACCUCCACAUAAGAGUUCACACAGGAGACAAACCUUUUGGUUGUGAUGCUUGUGGGAAAAGAUUUAUCACACAGGGAAAGCUUAAGUUGCAUAUCAGAGCCCACACCGGAGAGAAACGUUUUGGUUGCAGUCACUGUGGGAAAAAAUGUACCACCCGGGCAGAUCUUAAAAAGCACAUAAGAGUCCACACAGGCGAAAAACCUUUUGGUUGUGAUGCUUGUGGGAAAAGAUUUGCCCAACUAUGGCAUCUUAAAAGGCAUAUCAGAGUCCACACAGGAGACAAACCCUUUAGUUGCGGUGAGUGUGGGAAAAAAUUUACCACACAGGGGAAUCUUACCGAUCACAUGAGAUUCCACACAGGAGAGAGACCUUUUAGCUGUGAUGAAUGUGGGAAAAGAUUUACCACACAGGGGACUCUUAAAAAUCACUUGAGACUCCACACAGGAGAGAAGCCUUUUAUUUGUGGUGAGUGUGGGAAAAGAUUUGCCACACAGGGGAAUCUUAAAGAUCACAUGAGAGUCCACACAGGAGAAAAACCGUUUGGUUGUGGUGCUUGUGGGAAAAGAUUUACCCAACUGUGGCAUCUUAAAAGGCACAUGAGAGUCCACAUAGGAAACAAACCUUUUGUUUGUGGUGAGUGUGGGAAAACAUUUACCCAACAAGGAUAUCUUAAUCUGCACAUGAAAGUCCACACUGGAGAGAAGCCGUUUGGUUGUGGCGAUUGUGGGAAAAGAUUUACCCAACGUGGACAUUUUAAUCUCCACAUAAGAGUCCACACAGGGGAGAAACCUUAUGGUUGUGAUGGUUGUGGUAAAAGAUUUAUUACACAGGGAAUGCUUAAUUUGCAUGUGAGAUCCCACACAGGAGAGAAAAUUUUUGGCUGUAGCGAUUGUGGGACAAAAUGUAACACCCGCGCAGAUCUUAAAAGGCACAUAAGAGUCCACACAGGCGAAAAGCCUUUUGGUUGUGAUGCUUGUGGGAAAAGAUUUAUUACACAGGGGAAGCUUAAAAUCCACAUGAGAGUUCACACAGUAGAGAAACCUUUUGGUUGUGAUGCUUGUGGGAAAGGAUUUACCACACAGGGGCAACUUAAGCUGCACAUGAGAGUCCACACAGGUGAAAAACCUUUUGUUUGUGGUUAUUGUGAAAAAGCAUUUUCUGCACAGUGUAAGCUUAAGCUACACAUAAGAGUUCACACAGGCGAAAAACCUUUUGUUUGUGGUUAUUGUGCUAAAAGAUUUACCACACAGUGGAGGCUUACGGUACAUAUGAGAGUCCACACAGGAGAGAAACCUUAUGGCUGUGGUGAUUGUGGGAAAAACUUUACCACACAGGGUCAUCGUAGAAAGCACAUGAGAAUCCACACAGGAGAGAAACCUUUUUCUUGUGGUGAUUGUGGGAAAAGAUUUACCACACAGUGUGAUCGUAGAAAGCAUAUGAGAGUCCACACAGGAGAGAAACCGUUUGGUUGUGAUGACUGUGGGAAAGAAUUUACCCAAAGGGGGAAUCUUAAAAGGCACAUGAAAGUCCACACAGGAGAGAAACCUUUUGGUUCUGGUGAUUGUGAGAAAGGAUUUACCUCACAAAGAAAUCUUAAAAAGCACAUUGGCGUUGUAACAAACUUGGCAGUAGAUGGAGUACUGAACAAAUAGCCUCUUUUCAGUUGGAAUUCACACAAGAACAGCAAGAAUGUUUACAAAGAGCAGCAAGAGGAGCUGGGAGAGAGGAAAAUUAUUAAAAUGCUAUGGCAGAAUACAUAAAGUAGAAAAGUUGAGAUAAUCAGAAGAUGAUUUGUGUGUUUUUUUUUAAAGUCAGUGAAUGUGCAAGAAAAAAAUUAAGGGAUUGUAUUGAAAAAGGUGCAUUUAGAAGUCUAAAGUACAUUCAGAAUCUAAAUUGUAGAAAGUGAAAAUGCUGAAUCAUGGAGAAAAGGGAAGUAAGACACAUCCAUACAAAAGAGGAAGUGCUGUGGUUUGUGUGACAGAGAAAGGACACAGAGUUUUAAGGAAAGUAGAAAAUUGUGGUUUCAUGUAUAAAGUAACGAUUCAUUCAUACAUUUUCUACCACUUAGUCCCUGAACGGGGUCACGGGGGGCGGAGCCAAUCCCAGCCA